CGCAGAGCGGUAACCGGAAGCUGCUGCUGCUCUCUGCUGUGUGCACGCAGGCGGUAUCUGGCUGCUGCUGCUGUUUCUCCCAAUCAUUGCUCCUUCAAUGACUCGUACUGACUCGGACUUCUUCAGUUACCUCUCCCUGCACCGGUGGCAUUGAACGAGCUUCAUGCACUGAAAGUGAUUUAGCAGGAAACAGGAUCUUCUUCCUGGUUUUACUAAACUUGAAGUCUUCACAUUAAAAAGGACUGUGUGGGAGCAUCAUGUGGAGGAAGGCUUCUGUAGCAGCCCUGCUGGCGAUAACUGUUGGCUAUCUUUACCAUGGCAGUCCGGAGGUGCCGGAGCAGAUUCUGCAAUACCUUAGCCUGCCAAACUUCCAGCAGUCAUCACAGAGCCAGAACAGCCAGAACAACCAGCGCAGCCUGGAGGAGGUGAUCUCCACCGCCUGGGAGACUCUGAUCACUCUGCCCAGCCGGCAGUGGAGCAAAGUGGCCGUCGGGGUGAAUGCCUGUGUGGACGUCGUGGUCUCAGGAGUGGGUCUGCUGCAGGCUCUGGCUGUGGACCCCGGAGCCGGCCUGGAUCAUGAAGUGUUGCACUCCAAAGAGGACUUGAGGGAAGCGUUCAUCCACUACAUGGGGCGAGGAGCAGCAGCCGAACGCUUCUUCAGCGACAAGGAGGUGUUUCAGAGGAUCGCUCGGGCAGCAGCAGAGUACCCUGGAGCAAAGCUGUAUGUGGGAGGGAACGCUGCUCUCAUUGGUCAGAAGCUUGCCACAUACCCAGAUCUGAUGGUUUUGCUAUGCGGGCCUGUUGGACCUAAACUUCACGAGAUGCUGGAUGAGCAGAUCGUCGUUCCUCCAGAGUCUCUCCAGGAGACAGAUGAAUAUCACCUCAUCCUGGAGUAUAAAGCAGGUGAGAAGUGGGGAUCAACUCAGGCGCCUCAAGCCAACCGCUUCAUCUUCUCUCACGACAUCUCUAACGGGGGGAUGAGCUCACUGGAGACGUUUGUGGCGAGUUUGGAGGAGUUUCAGCCCGAUCUGGUCGUCCUUUCGGGGCUCCACAUGAUGGAGGGUCAGGGCAGAGAGCUGUGGGAGGACAGACUGAAGGAGGCUGUGUCUGCCAUAUCUGACAUCCGUAAGGAAAUCCCCAUCCACCUGGAGCUGGCAAGCAUGACUGACAAAGACUACAUGAACAGCAUCAUGCAGGAGCAGUUUAUGCCCAUUGUCAGCUCCAUCGGCCUGAACGAGCAGGAGCUGCUUUUCCUCUCUCAGGCAGGUGAGGGGCCUCACGCAGACAUGGCCGCCUGGAAAGGCAUCCCAGAAGUGGGCCGGGUCAGCGACAUCCUCCUCUGGAUCCUGGAGCAGCAUGGCCGCAGCGACCCUCUGUCAGAAGCUGACCUCACUCGUAUUCAUUUCCACACGCUGGCCUACCAUAUCAUGGCCACAGUGGACGGGUACUGGGGGAACCAGGUGGCGGCAGUGACAGCCGGAGCUCGAGUGGCGAGCAGUCAGGCGUGCGGCCUCCAGUCUGUGGAUGUUAGCAAAGUGGAGCUGAAAGCGCCGCUGGAGUUUCACAGCUCGCACACUGAGCCACGCGAGAAGCUGACAAUAAACCCAGCACAGCCGGUGACUGUGUGGCGCCGAGGUAACGUCACCUUCCACAUGACGCCGGUGCUGGUCUGCAAACAGCCUCUGCGGACAGUCGGUCUCGGAGAUGCCAUCUCAGCAGAAGGACUGGUUUACUCUGAGCGUAUGCCCGAUGAGCAGCCGUUGUAAGCUUUGCUUGAAUUUGACUCUCCGUUUGUCUGGAAAAGGAUGCUGGGAAGUGCUGAAAAAACCUAGUGAAGUGUCACCUGCUGCUGUGGCCGCUGGAUUUUGUUCAGACCUGUGUCUUGAAACCGUUUAAGUGUCUUCCUUCCCAAAGCUCCUCCGAGUCUAAAAGUGUGGUCAAUGGUGUUAGUUUUAAAAUCCUGCCAGAUGAGUCCUCCAGCCGGCUCAGCUCUCCUCUGUCCUCCCUCCUGAUCCUCCAGCAGACACGGACACCGAGGCAGAGCUGCUCACACAGAUCUGACCGGACUGAGAGGCACUGACUCUAUGCACUGGGCGCAGCUCAAAGUCGCCUUCACAAACUCCAAAGAGUUUUGUCGGCUCCCCUUAAUUACUUUCACUCGCAUACCUUCAGUAUGCUGUGCCUUGAGUAAAUAAUAGUUAGACUUAAAUAUUUUAUCCUCACUUUAGAGCUGAACAAACUUAAAACAAAGCAUCACAUUAGAUCAACACACACACACACACACACACACACACACACACACACACACACACACACACACACACACACACACACACACACACACACACACACACACACACACACACAUACACACACACACACACACACACACACACAUACACAUAUAACCACUGUGUUGUCUGCAAACUGAUGACGUCUUACUCUAUCAUAGAAGCUAAGUGGUAUUAUUGAUGUUCUUUGUUUCUGGUGCAUUCAUGUCAAAUAGUCACUAGAUCACUUGAAGCUCAUUCUCUUAUAGGUGUCUGACUCCUUGAUGUGUAAUAAUGGUUCUAUCUAGAGAUACUUGACUUUUGUCUUCAUUUGUCCUGUGAGGAUAAAAAGUAGAAGAGCGUGCAAAAGUUUGUUUUCUGUUUUUUAGCCAAAACACUCCCAUGUUGAAGAUGUUUACGUCUGUAUAGCUCAAACAUCAGUUAUAGAGCAGUAGAUAUAGUCGUGUUGUUUGCUCUACCUUAUAAAUUCAUGCUCAAAUAAUGACAAAUUAUACUUAUAAAUGCAAACCCUGUUUUUGAAGGGGAUCCUCCUUUAUGCAGCAAAGCUCCAUUAGCAAUGAGAUGCUAAUAAACCUAAAAUUUCUGUUGGCAUUUCAAUCGAAAAUGAAAUUUCAAAAUAAAGGUUUAGAUCAUAUGUUAUCAGGGUUACUGAUUUUCUUUGUUUUCCAUUGAUUUGCUGGUGCAACUAAAUGUUUUGCAUCCCAUGCUUAUAAAAUGUUUGUUUAAAAUUGUGUAUCAUGAUUGACUUCAGAAACUUAAAACCUGGCCGAUGUAACAAACUGCUAAUCAAACAUCUCGAUUUAUUUCCCAGCAGGUUGUUGAAUUAUGCUUUUUCAUGGGUUGUUUGUUGGUUUUGUUGUUUUUCUGACCUUACUUGGGAAUGCCUGAAUCAUGUUAGAUGUACAGUAUGUGACUGUCAGAACAGUGUAUUUGUAUACCUCACAUGGCCACCCAAGGCAUGCAAUAAUAAUGAGUCUUAAUGCAAACAAACAUACAACAAAAAGAUGUAUGGCGUUGUGUUUAGCUGAAGUAAUUCUUUGCACUAGUAGGAAGUGGCAGGUGAGCCUGCAAAGGUGAAUGUAACCUUAACUCCGACCCCCUCCUUCCUGUUACUUUAAGCAAGUACAAUCUACUCGACUUUACUUCUUCAUAGUUUGUGUCUCAUGUUUUUAACAUUUGUAACUGUCAAUAAGUUUCAUUUACUUUUAGUUUGUCAUUAAAAAUGUACGGAGAGAUGGA